AUGCGCAAACGCUGGCGCGGUGCCUGUCUGUUUGGACGUCGGCUGCUCAGGUUCUUCACCAGCUUCCAAGUAGAAUUGCGUGGUAACUACUCAGUCGAACGCGUCCGGAACCUGACUACGUACCACCAAACUACUUCAACGUUAUGGGCCCUGCUGAUCGCUGUGGUGUCCCCUUUUCCGUGCUUGGUCGUGGUCGCGCUGGUAGAUUGUGUCCCUCUGGCUGCACCUAAAGAAGGAUUAAGAGCGAAUUACUUGUUCUGGUUCCGCGACUACGUAUCGAUCGCCCUCAUGACGUGCGCGAUCUUGGAGCAGUUCCGGAUCAAUGUCCCUGGUCUGAAGAUCAACUCCAUGAAAACGAUCUCAAUG